AUGCCACGUGAUGACAAGGCCGCGCAAAGGCUUUUAAAAACGCCGGACAGACAGGCGGUGUCCUGUCGAAGUGCUGGAAGACGCUGGAGUCGGGAAAGUCAUAGUUACCGCAGUCGGAGCCGUCUGCGUAGUUCCGAAAGAGUUCCAACGCAAGAUCAGGCCCUCGUCGAGGAAGUGAAGAGACAGCGCCAACGAAUUCAUGAACUCGAGGGUGGGCUGCAGCGACAGCGUAAUAUGAAUGACAAAGUGGACAACGUCCGCGACAGGAGUAUGGAGCAAGAACGUCGCCCAGAGAUGCGACGCUCGCAACGUGUGCAGCAAGACGAGCUACGUGCAUCGGCAGCCAGACGGCAUAUCAGGUAUGGUCACAAAGUUGAAACUUGCUUCUCUAAAAUCGAAACAAAUGACAAACAUAGUAAUGUCUCCAACACGAUGAGUAUAAUGACGUCGGGAUCGAAUUCGAAAUUUAUCAGAGAAGUGAAAGUAAAUGGACUAGUAAUGGAAACUUUUAUAGACCUCAGUAGUGAGGUCUCGCUUAUGCAACAGACUUUGGCAUCUUCUCUCGGACUUGCUUGUAGUUAUCCUCCUAGACCCCUUAAGGAUUUUGGAAACAAUGUUAUUAGCUCUAUUGGUGGAGUUAGGGUUGAUCUGUGUGUUGACGAUGUUAGUGCAGAUGUCGUUUGUCAUGUUGUAGAAGAUAGAUUUCUGGAAACGCCUUUAUUAAUGGCUUACAGAGCAGGCUCAUAUACUAGUGUUUAA